CAAGCUCAGGAGGAUCCUCGUGCCAUUGGAGCUAUUCCUGGCUGCUUUGUUGCUCGAGCAAAGCCACCUGUACCAGGACCUGCAGGCAGUUUUAGUGCCUCAGCUACUACCAAGAUCAGUGUGGAUGCUUCCCUAGCUGGUGCCAUCAUUGGGAAAGGCGGAGUGAAUUCCAAGCAGAUAAGCCGGCAAAUGGGAGCCAAGUUAGCUAUCCAAGAGCACGAGACAGAUCCAAACCUUAGAAACAUUGAGCUCGAGGGUACAUUUGAACAAAUUAAGCAAGCAAGUGCAAUGGUGAGAGAACUGAUUAUUAGUAUUGGUUCAGUUGGUGGCCCUGCGAAGGCCAUUGGAGGCCCUGGAGGUCAUGCUACCCCCGGGAGCAACUUCAAGACCAUGCUUUGUGAGAACUUCUCCAAAAGGUCCUGCACAUUUGGAGAUAGGUGCCAUUUUGCCCACGGGGCAGCUGAGCUACGCAAAACAGGGAUUUAA